CUUUUUCCAUCCAGUCUCAGUUCUCAGCGUGCAGGAAGGUGCCGUUUAGGUGUGGCCUGCGUUUCGUGUGUUUCAGCUGUGCGGGCGCCAGGUGGGCAAAUCUAGCCCUUCGACCUCUCAGGGAGCUGCCAGGACGGUGAAUCGUCCAGGUCGGCUGUGACGCCCGAGCGCAAGGCGUGUUACAGGUGCGAGUGUUCGCGGCACCUGCUGCUGCCAGCCUGCCAGGUCGCAAUAAUUGCAAAGUCGGUAAAAUGGGCAAAACAGUGUGGCUCGUGUUCUGCCUGGCGUUGGCGCUCCACCAACCAGAGGUGCACGGCUUCGGAAGGGGUGCUCCCGACUCGGCGUGCCUGAGUAUGCUGCCAGGCCACGGAACCGACGCACAGAGCUCGCCUUCACCCUAUUCCAUAGUUCUGGCGCCGAUCGAAAAUGGAAACGGCCGACGCCUCGUCAACGUCACAAUUACCAGUCAAGGAAACGCGGACUUUGCAGGAUUCAUCAUUCAGGCGCGCCCUGAAAAUAGUGAUAAUCCGGUUGGCACCUUUGAGGUGCGAAAGGAAGGUGCAAAGGCUCACACUUGUGGCUCAGGACUGAAAAAUUCAGUGACUCAUACUGACAAGAACCCGAAACGGAAAGUGGAAUUGAUAUGGGAAGCACCUGCUGAUUAUGACGGUCAUGUGAUUUUCAAUGCGUCUGUUGUUCGUGAUUACUCGACCUUUUGGACCGGUAUUAAAUCGGCGCCCUUGCUUGUGAGGAGAACCGCAACAGGAGUCGAGUAUGAGACAAGUUCAAAGAAACCCACGACCAGAAUUCCCUACCAAACUACGAUCUCCAGCACCCAGAGACCAGUGAAUCCACAGUCUGAAAACCAGGUGUCUCACCCAAUCUUCGAAGGCUGCAACUCCAUCAAGGGCUGCUUUGGUUGGCCCAGCAAUUGCGUGGCUUCAAAGAGCUGCCGAGUUCUGGUUACCUACAUGUUCAAGGGCUCCGCAUACGAGUUUGAAUUGUUUGCCGAUGACAGAGUUUGGGCCGCUGCUGCGUUUUCUGAUGACAAAAUUAUGGGUGAUGACAGCGUCAUGGAGUGUGCUUACGAGGAGGACAAAGGUGAAGUGAACACUUACGUUUCUUGGAACGAUAGUCCUAAUCCUGGAAAGGGCAACCACCGAGUGGAAUCUGAUUUGACCGUGCUUGAAAAAUCAUACAAAGACAAGCAACUGUACUGCCGCUUCAGCAAGCCCCGAGUGAGCACCAUUGAAGGAGUCACCUUUGACCUAGACAAACAUUACCAUCUAUUCAUAGCCGCUGGCACAGAUUUCAAGGGCAACAGACUUGGUUACCACCAGUCAGAACGUGAUCUCACUGCUGAGAAAAUCAGCUUGGCCGACAUCCAGGCUGCCAAGGGCGCUUCCAAGAUUUUGGUACAUCUUCACGGCGCCUUCAUGGUGGCCGCCUGGAUUGGCGCCGCAAGCAUUGGAAUUUUGCUGGCCAGGUAUUUCAAGAAAACCUGGGUGGGAUCUCAACUCUGCGGAAAAGACCAGUGGUUUGCUUGGCACAGGGUUUUCAUGAUCUUCACGUGGUGCCUCACUGUGGCCGGCUUUGUUAUCAUCUUCAUUGAAAUCGGCGGCUGGUCGAGUGCGGAUAAUCCGCACGCAAUUCUCGGAUGCAUAACCACUGGACUGGCCUUCAUCCAGCCUUUCAUGGCGGCCCUGAGACCUGCGCCAAACACUCCAAGGAGGCCCCUUUUCAACUGGCUGCAUUGGCUUGUCGGAAAUUUGGCGCACAUUUUCGGAAUUGUCUCCAUCUUCUUCGCUGUGCUGCUGCCCAGGGCCGAGCUUCCUGAGUGGAUGAACUGGAUUUUGGUUGGCUUUGUUGCCUUCCACGUCUUCAUGCACUUUAUUUUCUCAAUUGCUGGGUGUGCCAGUGACAGGAAGAAGAGGGUAAACUCUUUCCCAAUGAGGGACAUGUCUCACAGCCGCAACGCUCUUCAUUCAUCGUACGAAAAGAGCCAGGAUUCAUCGUUCUCGUGCCUACGAAAAUUCUUGUUUGCCAUUUACUUCAUUGGAGUAGUGUUGCUGGCGGUCACCCUUAUUGUGAUCGUGGUUUUGGCGCCCAUCGAGGACACUUACAAGGACGUCCGGUCCAAACUGAACUUUUAGAUGAUGUUGUAUGAGCUUAUAGUGUAAUAAAUGCACACCUUGUUCAUUUUAUACAACCAUUCACGUGGCAUCGAAGACUUAAUGAUGUUAUAUUUAAGGAACAAAUUUAUAAUUAAGAGAUCCAAGCAACAUACCCUGCGGUGUACUAACUUGUCGCAUCAGAGAGACGACGAAUAGCAUUAUCAUUUAUAAAUCAGGGAUUGCGUUGCUCUUUCACCACUUCAUCUGUAUAAAGUUUUAUAUAGUUCAUCAUUCUUACCAUAUUUUUAACUUCAUCCAAUGAAUUCUGUUUGACAGUAAAUAUUUUAAAUACUUAAAUUGUUCAAACAACAUUACUGAAAAUUUGAACUGUGUUGAGUUUCACGAUAAUUUGGUUAUGUUGUGGUUGUGCCACAGAGAAGUAAUUUAUUUUUUCACAAAUGUGAUGAAAUCGAAAAUAAAAUUAAAAAUUCUCUUUCACUAUACUAAACAA